AUGUCCGAAGAUGUGUUCCAGGAGCGGCAGAACUGCUACAAAGGAAGAGCGAAGAUAUACUUGCACCAUUUCCAAAUAGAUAAUUUGGGACCUCGAACUAUUCGAGAUUCACAUGUGGACCGGCUGGACAGGGUCUUUCAGUCGGAGGGGCUUUCUCGCUUGAACCCUGAUAAUUACGUGAAGGUCUCAAUAAGCAAUGAUGUUCUGCAGCAAGCUCUAGCUGCCCAGAAUGAAACUGGGGCCUUCCUACAUGGCCCACUGCACUUUUUAAACCUCCCAAAUGAAGUGCGGCUCAAUAUUUUGCAUGGAAAUCACCGGGUUCUGGCUGCAAUCAAGAGGUCUGCACGGUGGUGGGUGGCUGAAUUUUAUAGUGAUGAUAUGAGGCCAGAAAUAAAACAGUGGAUCAGAGAUGAGCAUCCAAAUGACCAGCCAUAUUGUGAUGGUGACAUUUACCGGAAUGUACGGCACUACGAAAGAAUCGGAGAUGUCGAUUCAGAGCUUAGAUGGAGAGGCAGAUUCAGUAAAGGAGUGUAUCAUGAGCUUACACGAAUGGAGAAAGAUUUUAAGAGAAUCAAAAGGGCUUUUGAUAAGUUAUUGCCCUUCUUAGGUUUAUGGCAAGCCAUUAAACUGUCCUAUCUCGGCCGAUGGCUAUCAGUGAAGUGUCCCGAGGCAAGUUUGUCUAGUCAUACAAAUUUGGCACUACUAAUUUUUAGCACCUAG